UUUGAAAAUACCCACCGGAUAUUUUGUUGAUUAGCGUUUGCUUGUGUUUCAAAACAUUGGUCCAAAUAAGGAAGCUGCAAAACUUGACAGGUUCACUGCUAAGCCACUUAUGAAGAUGAGCGUCCCAGACUACAUGCAAUGUGCCGAGGACCACCAGACAGUCCUUGUGGUGGUCCAGCCAGUCGGCAUAGUCCCCGAGGACCAGUUCUUCAAGAUCUACAAACGCAUCGCCAGCGUGAGCCAGGUGAGCAUCAGGGACUCGCAGCGCCUCCUCUACAUCCGCUACCGCCACCACUACCUGCCUGAAAACAACGAGUGGGGAGACUUCCAGACGCACCGCAAAGUCGUGGGCCUCAUCUCCAUCACCACCUGCGCCUCGGCCAAGGAGUGGCCCCAGACCGCCGAGCGCUUCCACGGCCAGAAGGAGGUGUACAGCUCCACGCUGUACGAUUCGCGCUUGCUGGUGUUCGGGCUGCAGGGAGAGAUCGCAGAGCAGCAGCGGACCGACGUGGCCUUCUACCCCAACUUUGAGGACUGCCCCGACGUGGAGAAGAGAGUGGACGACUUUGUGGAGUCCAUAUUUAUUGUUCUGGAGUCCAAGCGGCUUGACCGGGCUACAGACAAGUCAGGUGACAAGAUACCACUGCUCUGUGUGCCCUUUGAGAAGAAGGACUUUGUGGGUUUGGACACAGAUAGCAGGCAUUAUAAAAAGCGUUGCCAGGGGCGGAUGAGGAAGCAUGUUGGGGACCUGUGUCUCCAGGCAGGCAUGCUGCAGGACGCCCUGGUCCAUUACCACAUGGCUGUGGAGCUGCUCAGGGGGGUCAAUGACUUCCUCUGGCUGGGUGCUGCGUUGGAGGGUUUGUGUUCAGCCUCUGUUAUAUUCCACUACCCCGGAGGCACAGCGGGGAAGUCUGCAGGACGAAAGCCAAGUAUCUCGCAGCCAGCAGACGCAGGGAAACGCCACAGACCAGGGGCUCAGGAGGUUCUCAUUGACCCAGGUGCCCUCACAGCCAACGGCAUCAGUGCAGACACCAGCACUGAGAUCGGACGAGCAAAGAACUGCCUGAGUCCUGAGGACAUUAUCGAGAAAUACAAAGAGGCCAUCUCCUACUACGGAAAGUACAAGAACGCAGGCGUGAUCGAGCUGGAGGCCUGUGUGAAAGCGGUCAGGGUGCUGGCCAUUCAGAAGAGGGCGAGGGAGGCCUCCGAGUUCCUGCAGAACGCUGUUUACAUCAACCUCGGACAGUUAUCAGAGGAGGAGAAGAUCCAGCGCUACAGUAUCCUGUCCGAGCUCUACGAACUGAUCGGCUUCCAUCGCAAGUCUGCAUUUUUCAAGCGUGUUGCAGCCAUGCAGUGCGUGGCUCCCACCAUCCCGGAGCCUGGCUGGAGGGCCUGCUACAAGCUGCUGCUGGAGACGUUGCCUGGAUACAGCCUGUCACUUGAUCCCAAAGACUUCAGCAAAGGUACCCACCGAGGCUGGGCUGCUGUUCAGAUGCGCCUCCUACAUGAACUGGUGUACGCCUCCCGUCGCAUGGGCAACCCCGGCCUGUCUGUGCGCCACCUGUCCUUCCUGCUUCAGACCAUGCUGGACUUCCUGUCUGAUCAAGAGAAGAAAGAGGUGACCCAGAGUCUGGAGAACUACACCUCUAAGUGUCCGGGUGGAAUGGAGAUCAUCACCCUUCCUGAUGGGCUGAAGCUCCCUCCAGUGCCCUUUACAAAGCUCCCCAUUGUUCGAUCAGUGAAGCUGCUCAAUCUGCCCGUCAGUCUGCGUCCUCACAAAGUGAAAGGCCUGCUGGGACAGAAUAUGUCCACCGCCAGCCCCUUCAUCUACUCACCCAUCAUCAUGCACAACAGAGGAGAGGAGCGCUGUAAGAAGAUCGACUUCCAGUGGGUUCAAGGAGAUGUGUGUGAAGUACAGCUCAUGGUCUACAACCCCAUGCCUUACGAACUCCGUGUGGAAAACAUGGGUUUGCUGACAUCUGGAGUGGAGUUUGAAUCCCUGCCUGCUGCGCUGUCCCUGCCUGCAGAGUCUGGCCUGUAUCCUGUCACUCUGGUUGGCGUCCCACGUACAGCUGGCAACAUCACUGUCAAUGGUUACCACACAUCAGUGUUUGGUGUGACCAGUGAUUGCCUGUUGGAGGGCCUGUCUAGUGUGAAGACUGGUGGCUGUUUGGUGGAGGUCAUCCCCUCGCUUCCUCGUCUCCAGCUCAGCACAUCACUACCACGGUCAGCCCACACACCUCCGCCAACGUCCAAAGAGGAACUGUCGAGCACCGUGUCCGUCCAGCUUUUCAACGGAGAGACCCAGCAGCUGACCAUCACCUUGGACAACAUCGGAUCUGAGGACAUCGAGACUCUGGAGCUCACCUCUAAGAUUAUCAGCACCAAAGAAAAAGUGUUUGGGGAGUUUCUGAGCUGGGAGCUAGACGAUGCUUUGUCUCACCUGCCUCUAAAGUCUGGCCAGGCCGUGACACUGACUGUAAACAUCAAAGUCAAGCUGGACUUCUCUGGUCAGGAGAGCCUGCUGCAGGACCUCAAUGAUGAUGGGAUCAGUGUGACAGGCCUGCCGAUCUCCAGCCCGCUGCGCCAAGUCCUCAAACCCAGGUCCGAGACCAAGACCGUCUGCAGUGACUCCGGAAAGGCAGAGUACAGCCACGUUAAGACUUUGGAGGCAGUGCUGAACUUCAAGUAUUCGGGGGGAGCAGGCAAAGUGGAGGGCUACUACAGGGAGCUGUCUUUGGGAGUCCAUGUUGACGUUGAGCCAUCUGUAUUCUUCACCAGAGUCAACACCCUCCCUGCAACCAGCACCCGGCAGUGUCAUCUACUGCUCGACAUCUUCAACCCAACAGAGCAUGAGCUCACCGUCAGCGCCAAGAACAACCAGGACCUGGUUCUCCAUGCCAGUGAGUGCCAGAGGAUGGCCAUCCAGGUUGACAAGUUUGACUUUGAGAGUCUGCCACAGCCGGACCAGGAGACGGCUCGCUUCACUAACCCCAAACAGCUGGAGGAGGAGCGUCAGCAUGCCCAGGGCUGCCAGAUCAACAGCAAGCUGGGCAUCUGCUGGAGCAUCCCUUCCCUGCGGCGUCGUGGAGAGGCCAGUGUGGAGGGAGUCCUCAACCAGCUGGUCCUGGAGCACCUACAGCUUGCUCCUUUGCAGUGGGAUGUGCUGGUGAAUGGGAAGCCGUGUGACUGCGAUGUCAUUGCCGACUGUAAGGCGGGCGACGCUGUGACCCUGGAGGUGCAGCUGACCAAUCUGAGCAAGAACUCGGUGGGCCCCCUGGCUCUGACCGUGGUGCCCUAUCAGGACUACCAGAACGGAGUCCAGAACUACGAUCUGGAGGACGCGGUCACCUUCAUCGGCUCCAACACCUUCUACAUCGACACGGUUAAACCCAAAGAAAACUCUGUGUGUAAAGGUGCCCUGCUCUUCCUCUACACUGGAGAUUUCUACCUUAACAUCAAGUUCCAGGACGACAGCGCUGGACGAGAGCUUCCUUUAGCCUGGUUCACUCUGCCCAGCGUCCACAUCCGAGCCCUGGACGCUCCGCUACAGGCCGGGGCCUGAGGGCCGGCUGCCUCUCAAUCAAGAGGAGACAUUUGUUAUUGGUGUUCUCUGUAAAUACAAUAUUCUUUUGAACUGGAUCACAUGUAAAUAUGAUUUUGUUAAAGGUUACAGCAAGUGUACAGCAGAGUGCGAGCUUAUGAUAAUGUGCUAUCCAGCUAAUGAAACCGCUAACACCUGAUGAUGGUGCUUUUCUUUCUGUCCUGACACUUCUGAAAAGGGAAAAACACACCUACACUGAGAAAUGUCAUAUGUCCUACGAAAGUUCAAUCAAUAUUUGAAAACAUGAGCUACUCUUUUUCAAAGCCACAAACCAGAAGUCUGAAACUUGUGAUCGCAUAAGGUAUAAAGUCUGAAGCUGGACAAUGAAUGAAUGGACAAUGAAUGGGAGAUUUUGGUGGUUUCUUUUUAUACCCAAAUUAACAUUAAUUUAUUGGUAUUGUUCUCAGUUUGGAAAUGGAAAGUUCCCCUGGGUGCUUUCAGUGUCAUCCAAACCAUCUUUCCAAGUUCAUGGAGCAGUUCCUGACUUUAUACUAAGAGCACAUUUACACUUGGAUUUAAAAUGCAUCUUGGGCGAUCGGAUAACGAGCAGUCAGCGCUAAAUACAAGUAUAAACAGAGUCCAUUGGAUCACUCAAACCUCUUCCAGAGGUGGUUUGACAUGUAUUUUGUCGUGUGAACAUCGAUGUAUCUUGAUGCGUCCCUGACAAGGACUUAACAGGUCAAUACGUCAUCAAUGCCACAGAGCGCACGUGGUCCAAAAAAUGGAGAAGACUUUUAUCGUUACCGGGCCGUUUACAAGGGUAUGGCUAGCAAGAUAGCAACUAGAGACUUAUGUUGUUGUUAUUAUCCAAUAUUAUAAAUAUAUCUGGGGCAGUUGCACCUUCUAGUGCAGGGAAAGGCAACCUGAGGCUCCGCAGCCACAUGGGGCUCUUCAGGUCAUUUGCAGUGGCUCCCUGUGGCUGUGACAACAAAAUUAUAUGAAAUAAAACAGUUAUUUAUUUUCAUUUAAUGGAUUUUUAUCACUGGCGUAGGCCGAAAGCAAUUUGUAUUCUUUAGUUGUAAAAAUGUGUCACUUAUAUAUGGCCUUAACAUUUAAGUCGACUAAAUUGCUUACAAAAGUCUAUGGCCCGGCGCCUUAAACUCUAAAUAUUGCCAACUUCAAGUCUGGUUUUGAGUUGCAGCUUUCUCACAAAAUCAUAUCAAGAAAUGCUCAUUAUGACCUUCUAGUGAUGCUGGUAGGCUAAUUGAUUUCUAGACUUAGUAGGCUGUUUUAUCUUCAUUGUAAGGCUAAAAAAUAAGGUUUGUGGCUCCAUUCCAACAUUUUUUCUCUUUUUUUGGCCAACAGUGGCUCUUUUGUUAGUAAAGGUUGCCGACCCCUGUACUAGUGGAAGUGGUGUAGGUAGUAACAAACACAAGUGGUCAGCUGGACACCCUUGGAGAGACGCUUGAGACACACAGGUGUAAACAGCAAUGUGUCUCAUCUGUCCUCCUUUUAAUAUAAAUCAUCCAAGAUGCAUUUUAAAACCAACUGUAAACUGAGGCCAAGUGACGCUAAAAAUUAAGCACAUACGUUUUUGGAUUUCGGAGAGAGUUGUUCAUAUUUACUUAUAUUUUUGGACUGUGUUAGACCACAAGAGUGACAUGUGAAUUUUGAAAAUGGGUGUAGUUCCACUUAAGGCUCCGACCCAAAUCAGUUAUUUUUAGUGUAAUCACUGCAAUCAGUGGACUAACUUGUGGAGGUGAAGUAUAUUUGCCUUUUGCUUUUGCGUUGCAUUUAAACAUGAAUUCACACCACUGACCAACAGCAAACCAGCAAUAACACUGAUGAUCUUUGAGGGAAAGAGCCAGACCAUCAGCUCUCUCAUUAGCUUUGUUGCACCAUCUCAUUUUACAUCACCCUGCUCUGGUAGAGAAUGAACUGCUCCACAGAAAUGGUGCAGUAUGGUUUGUUUGGUCAAGAAUUGAAUGGAAGCUACAAUCACAUCUCCUGAAUUAACUGUAAAACUUUCUUCUGGUUUGAGCUAGCUAGCUAGCUAGCUUGCUAACACAUAAUUAGCUACCUGUUAGCUGGCUAGACUAGUUGCCAUGAAUGGAGACUGUCCUAAUCUUUUCCUGAAUCUUACAAAGUAGUUUUGGUUCUAACACCAAGCCAAGCCGCAAAACAUAUGUGAUGUGAAACGUGCUUUUCAAUUUCAAAA